AUGGAGGCACCCACAGCCGGCGACGAGCUGGGCAGCACCCCAGAACCCACCUUCGUCCAGCCUGGCGGAGCGAGUGCCCCGCCGCCCUACCCUGCCCGGGACUCGCAGCCGGGGGAGCAGCUGCACCUCGGGGAGAGCGCGCAGUUCAGCGAGGAGCUGGAAGACCGAGGUUUGCUAGAAAGCAGUACCAGGUUAAAACCUCAUGAAGCUCAGAGCUACAGAAAGAAGGCACUGUGGGUUUCAUGGGCCUCCAUUAUUGUCACGCUAGCACUUGCAGUUGCUGCUUUCACUGUCUCCGUAAUGAGGUACAGUGCUUCAUCAUUUGGAUUUGCUUUUGAUGCCACUUUGGAUGUUUUGUCAUCAGUGAUAGUUCUAUGGCGCUACAGCAAUGCCGCUGCCGUACAUUCAGCACACAGAGAAUACUUAGCUUGUGCCAUCUUGGGUGUGAUAUUUCUUCUGUCUUCUCUAUGUAUAGUGAUCAAAGCCAUCCAUGACCUUGCAACUAAGUUGCUCCCAGAAGUGGAUGACUUUCUGUAUAGUGUUUCCAUUUUAAGUGGUAUCCUUUGCACUACCUUGGCAGUGAUCAAAUUUAUGUUGGGGAGUGUGCUUACCAGCAGAGCAUUGUUAACUGAUGGUUUCAACUCUCUAGUAGGAGGAAUAAUGGGAUUCUCCAUCCUUCUAAGUGCAGAAGUUUUUAAACACAAUGCUUCUGUCUGGUACCUGGAUGGAAGUAUAGGAGUUUUGAUUGGGCUUACAAUAUUUGCCUAUGGAACCAAGCUACUUAUUGACAUGGUCCCCCGUGUACGGCAAACACGUCAUUAUGAAAUGUUUGAAUAGGCACAGUGCUACAUGGACUGGAAAAAAAAUGGCAAAAAGCGGCAACAUUCAACAACUUGGCAAGUGGUGCCAGUGAUAUUUCACAGAACAUACACUGUCUCCCAUAGUAUCUUUUCUUUUAACAUUACUGUUCAAGGGGAAUUCUGUACAAUUAGGGCAAUAUAUGUGCCACUUAGAUGUCAGCAAAAGCAGCAGCAUUUUCCUUUGUGAGUGUGCCAUGAAAAUCCUGUCACUGGCAAUAGAAAUGAACAAAGCUCACAGUUCUAAUCCAACUGCCAUGGCUUGUCUUCUGGAGUGACAAGAGACACUCAACAGAUACCUGUAGACAAAGGCCAACAUUCAAAUAUAACAGCCACUUCACUCUAUUCCCUUGCAGCAAACACUAAAGACUGUCAAAUUAAUUGUGGCAUGAGCUUCUAUAAGCAAGAAUCCAACUUCCAUCAGAAUACAGACAAGAGGUGGCUGCCACCAGUGGGGAGCACCGUGGGGAGCAACUGAGACAUUCUGCACAAGACCUGGUGGUAUAUCAGACUUGGCUUACGGAUUCCAACAGAUGCCCCUGUGAUGCAUGGAAUUAAUUUUUAUUUCCGCAUAAGAUGGAACUCCAAUCUCAAAACCAAUGUCAUCAAAAUCCAUCAAGCUGCCCAAUCCUCACAGGUUACAAGAACUUAGUUCUAAUUUCGUACUAUUUUAUAAAUGUCAUUGAAGUCCAUAGAUUUAGGAUUUCAAACAACACUUGUGCUAUGUUAAAUUGCGCAGGCAAAAAAGCACACUGUAUUAAUAUACAGGCAAAAGCCAAAAAAGUAAGAGGAGUGAGGUACAAAUUUGUGGUUUUGACUGUAUUAUACACUUAUGUAGAAGUACAUAUGGCUAAAUAUGGCUAAAUACAUGUUGUCUGGUAAAGUAAAACAGUGAUGGUUUCAUACAGCUAGCACCUCAGAGCUGUUAGAGUUAGUAGUAUUCUGUAAAUA